GCUGUAUCUUUCACUUAUAUAUCAACAUGCUUAGACUGGUUGCAUCAAAGUCUCCUCUGGCUACCAUUGCCGCCCGCAACAGCGUUCAAGCUGUCAAAGCCCCCGUCGCCAACGGCUUCUACCGUUUCUACAGCACUUCUUCUGAUGAAUACGACGUUGUCGUCAUUGGUGGAGGUCCUGGUGGUUAUCCUGCUGCCAUUAAGGCUGCUCAGUCCGGCCUGAAGGUUGCCUGUAUUGAAAAGCGCGGUUCUCUUGGUGGUACCUGCUUGAACGUCGGUUGUAUCCCCUCCAAGGCUAUGUUGAACAACUCCCACAUCUACCACCAAACUGCUCACGAGCUUAAGUCUCGCGGUAUUGAUGUUGGUGAUGUCAAGCUCAACCUCGACAACAUGCUUAAGGCUAAGCUUAAGGCUGUCAACGGUCUUACUAAGGGUGUUGAAUUCCUUUUCAAGAAGUAUAAGGUUGACUAUGUCAAGGGUUGGGGCAAGUUCAAGACCGCCAACGAAAUUGAAGUUGAUGGUUUGGAUGGCAAGCAAUCCGUCCUUAAGACUAAGAAUGUCAUCAUUGCCACUGGCUCUGAAGCCACUCCCAUCCCCGGUAUCGAAAUUGAUGAGAAGCAAAUUGUCACCUCCACUGGUGCCCUUGAGCUUCAAAAGGUUCCCAAGAAGAUGAUUGUCAUCGGUGGUGGUGUCAUUGGUCUCGAGCUUGGAUCUGUUUGGUCUCGUCUUGGUGCCGAAGUCACCGUUGUCGAAUACCUUGGUGCCAUUGGCGGUGGUAUGGACACUGAACUUGCCAAGAACUUCCACAAGGUUUUGCAAAAGCAAGGCUUCAAGUUCAAGCUCAACACCAAGGUCAACGGUGCCAAGGUUGUUGACGGUGUCGUCAAGGUUGAUGUUGAAGCCGCCAAGGGCGGUAACGAAGAGACCUUGGAUGCUGAUGUCGUUCUUCUCUCCAUUGGUCGUCGUCCCUUCACUGAAGGUCUUGGCCUUGAAAACGUCGGUGUUGAGGUUGAUAACCGUGGCCGCAUUGUCAUCGACUCCGAGUUCAAGACCAACGUUUCUAACAUUAGAUGUAUUGGUGAUGUUACUUUCGGACCUAUGUUGGCCCACAAGGCUGAAGAUGAAGGUUUCGCUGUCUCUGAGAUGAUCGCUACUGGCCACGGUCACGUCAACUAUGACGUUAUUCCCUCUGUCAUCUACACUCACCCCGAAAUCGCAUGGGUUGGUAAGAACGAAGAAGAAUUGAAGAAGGCUGGUAUCAAGUACAAGACUGGUAACUACCCCUUCGUUGCCAACUCCCGUGCCCGUACCAACGAUGAUACCGAUGGUUUCGUCAAGGUUAUCACUGAUGCUGAAACUGACAGAAUUCUCGGUGUUCACAUCAUGGGUCCCAACGCUGGUGAAAUGAUUGCUGAAGCUGGUCUUGCCAUGGAAUAUGGUGCUAGUGCUGAAGAUGUUGGCAGAACCUGCCACGCACAUCCUGUAAGUGAAUGAAAAUAGACCUUUUUUGCAUACUAUCCAUUUGACUGACCCUUUCCCCAAUCAGACCCUUUCUGAGGCCUUCCGCGAGGCUUGCUUGAUCGCAUCCUUCGGCAAUGCUAUCAACUUCUAAAGUAGACUUGAGAUUGUAGAUAAGCAAAAACGACGAAAACAAAAAUUCUAAAUCAAAAACCCAAACUCUCUCUUCAUAAUUUCUAUUCAUUCACAACCACUUUUUAUAAAAUGAAGGACCCCCCUUUCAUGGGUUUUUUUUAAGCGUACCAUUUAAAUUUUCGUGUGAAAGGGCAUAACUCUGUGAACGGUUUU